GCAACACCAACCUAACCUUAACACCGCCGCUGUUGACAUUUCUUGAAGUUUUUCAAAAAUUCUGGUGAAGUAACAAUUCUCGUCGAAAUGUCCAGGAUAAUUUGGCGAUUUCUCCGUGAUGGGAAGAACUUGCGACGAGUUCAGUGCGCAGCGAGUCAAGGAUUGCAAUGCGUCGCAAAUUAUCAUCAUGUCGCUGCCAAUCCCCGGAAUUUUCUUAAAUUGCAACCACAAAUCGUUACCAUCCCUGUCAGGAACAUGUUUAUUCAGACGCAGGAUACUCCGAACCCCGACAGUUUGAAGUUCUUGCCGGGUGUCAGUGUGCUGGAGAAAGGCAGCACAAUGGACUUUCCCAAUGCAGGCAGUGCCUUUUGCAGUCCUUUGGCCAAAUUGCUAUUCCGCAUCGAAGGAGUUAGAGGAGUAUUCUUUGGUGGUGAUUUUAUUACUGUAACGAAACAAGAGGAUGCCGAGUGGGGAGUAUUGAAACCGGAAUUAUUUGCAGUUAUCAUGGAUUUUUUUGCAAGCGGACUUCCAAUCUUAACGGAUGCCAAACCGAAUUCAGAUACCCAAAUUCUGGAAGAUGAUGACGAAACUGUGAUGAUGAUCAAAGAACUUCUGGAUACAAGGAUUCGACCUACAGUUCAAGAAGAUGGUGGUGAUAUUGUGUAUAUGGGUUAUGAUAAUGGAGUAGUCAAAUUGAAGAUGCAGGGAUCUUGCUCAUCAUGUCCGAGUUCAAUCGUGACCCUCAAGAAUGGAAUCCAGAACAUGCUGCAGUUCUACAUACCAGAGGUGGUAUCGGUUGAACAGGUAUUUGAUAAAGUGGACGAGGUGACUUUAGACGAAUUCUCUAAAUUGGAAAAUCGUCUGCAAACUAAACAACCUGAAUCGGCGACGGAGAAGACAUAAAGGUGCAGUGCUGCAAUAAUUUCGAGAAAUUAUAUUUUGUUCGCAUUUUGAUAGAUGAAAUAAAAUAAGUAGGUUAUAAUCAGAGA